UAUAUUUAGCAGGACCCUCUUCCUCUCGAACCUUACCGAAGAGAUUCCUUUGGCUCCCUAAACCCCCCAUCAAUCGCUGUUUCAUAGUUCCUCUUUUAGUCCGACGCCCAGGAGACUCAUGGGGACGGAGAGUCCGGUGAAUUUCACUUACAUGGGAAGGAGUAUCAGCGAAUUGACCACCAAUGAUCAUUCCUCUUCUGCUUUCAGCGAUUGCAACAGUGACAGAUCCGGUGAAUUUCCGACGGCCUCUUCCCAAAGGCGAGACCUCCUGAUUGCUUGUGCGUCCGACAAUUCCGAUGAUUUGAUCGUUCAGCUGGUGAAUGAUCUCCAGUCUUCUUCGAUCGAUGACCAGAAGCAGGCCGCCAUGGAGAUUAGACUGCUGGCCAAGAACAACCCGGAAAACCGUCUUAAAAUCGCCAAAUCAGGCGCUGUCAAGCCGUUGGUUUCGCUUAUGUCUUCGCCUGACCUUCAACUCCAAGAGUACGGCGUCACCACGAUUUUGAAUCUCUCACUGUGCGAUGAGAAUAAGGAGCUUAUAGUUUCUUCGGGAGCCAUAAAGCCUCUGGUUCGAGCACUCAAGACAGGGACGUCAACGGCAAAGGAGAACGCGGCAUGUGCCUUGCUUCGCCUCUCGCAUAUAGAACAGAACAAGGUGGCAAUCGGAAAGUGGGGAGCCAUUCCCCUGCUAGUGAAACUUCUCGAGAGCGGCAGUUUCCGAGGGAAAAAGGAUGCCUCGACGGCGUUGUACUCGCUCUGUUCGGUGAAGGAGAAUAAAAUAAGGGCGGUGCAAGCCGGAAUAAUGAGGCCGUUAGUGGAAUUAAUGGCUGAUUUUGGAUCAAACAUGGUGGAUAAGUCAGCGUACGUGUUGAGCGUGCUGGUAUCGGUGCCGGAGGCGAGAACGGCGUUGGUGGAGGAAGGAGGAAUUCCGGUGCUGGUGGAAAUCCUGGAGGUCGGGUCGCAGAGACAGAAACAAAUAGCAGUGGUUAUACUAUUACAGCUUUGCGAGAGCAACGCCACCCACCGCACUAUGGUGGCUCGCGAAGGAGCCAUACCACCGCUGGUGGCUCUGUCGCAGUCCAGCGCCACUAGCUCCAAGCAUAAGGCGGAGACACUAAUAGAGCUUCUGCGGCAACCAAGAUCCGGCACCGCCGCUGAUUGUGCGUCGGAGGUCUCAGCCUAAGCCCCACCGCUCGUGAACGUCUCGGAGGAGGGAAAAAAACAAAAAAAAAAGAGAAAGAAAUGAUAUUGUAAAUGUCUUUGAUACGGUAAAGCUUUGUAAAAUUUGUGAUGAAUGAGAUGAGUUUCGUUUUUUUCUGUUUGUAUGGGCUGGGAUGGUAACGCUCCUCCACCAGUUCUGUUUGGUUUCAUUGUACACAUAUCUAGAAUCCUUCCUUUUGCGUUGAUUGGCAUUGUUGGCACCAUCAAUAAAAUACUAUACUGAUUUUAUUUUUUUAAAA